AUGAAACUUUACAUUUUUGUUUUGGUUGCAUGUGUGUCAUCACAAACCAUUUUCAGAUCACCAUCACUUCUUGAUCAAUUAUAUGGAGAAUUACAUGGAAGAACAAACACAGCACCAAAUUUGCAGGUACAAGCAGAGGAUCCAAAUCAGAUGGUCACACAAAAGGUUUUAGCAAUGAGAUCCAAAUUGACGUUGCCUGAUAAAGAUGAUACUUCCGAUAUUGCUAUUGAUCAGAAUAUGUUUGGUGGAAUCUUGACUUAUGCCCAUUUCAAUCAUUUCAAUUGUUUCAUUUCUGAUGACUUUGAUAAACACUCCACUACAGAUCAACAAACAACCAAAAAUAUUGAUAUCGCUAUUGUUGGGGCACCUUUCGAUACUGGAACAUCCUAUCGCCCAGGAGCUAGAUUUGGGCCCGAGUCAAUUAGAAGUAAUUCCCGACGUCUAGGAAGUGCUUGGAAAUCAACCAAAAAAAGAUUCAAUUACCCAGUUAACCCAUAUGAUGAGACCACUCAUAAUUACUCUAUUAUUGAUUGCGGUGAUGUGGCUAUGACUCCAUUUGAUAAUCGCAUUGCUUUAAAUCAAUUGUACCGUGGACAUAGAAGUAUUUCUAAACACCCAGGGAAUGUCAAUCAACAUCCCAAAAUUAUCACAUUGGGCGGUGACCAUACCAUCACCUUAAUGGCAAUAAAGAACGCUCAUGAACAAUUGAGGACAAAAAUUAGAGUAUUUCAUUUUGAUUCACAUAUCGAUACCUGGGAUCCUAAGAAAUUAGGUGGUGGAAUCACUGAUUAUAUGUCAUUGAAUCAUGGAACAUUCUUGCACUACGCUACUGAAUUAGGAUACAUUGAAACAAAAGGCAACUAUCAUGUCGGGAUAAGAGCACCGUAUAUCGAUGCUAAUUACGACAAACAGCACGAUGCUGAUUGUGGAUUCCAUAUUAUCCAAGCUAAUGAUAUUGACAAGAUUGGAGUUCAAGGGAUCAUUGAUGAGUUAGCAAAAGAUCCAAACAUUCCAACUUACAUAUCAGUUGAUAUAGAUGUAUUAGACCCAGCCUAUGCACCAGGAACGGGAACAAUGGAAGCUGGCGGAUUCACGACCAGAGAAUUGUUGAGCAUUUUGGAUGGGUUGAAAAAUAAGGUUAACGUUAUUGGUGGUGAUGUUGUGGAAGUGAGUCCUCCAUAUGAUACAAAUAGUGAAAUCACCAGUUUGGCAGCCACCAGUGUUGUCGAUUCAUUAUUGAAAUUAAUGAUUGUCUAA